CGUCAAUAAACCCAAGAAGAAGAAGAAGAAGAAGAAGAAGACGAAGAAGAGUUGCUUGAUUUGUGCUUUGUUUGUAGUUGUAUAGCUGCAGUUAAUGUUAUAUGCAUGAUCUGCAACAAACAUUGAAAGAUAUAAAAAGGCCGAAGGAACGAGGCUAUGUUUUUUUUUAGGUGCUGUCACUUUCAGGACUCUCGACCUGGUUUCAUGUUCGUCUGUGCCCAUCAGUGAUGUCUAUGAAUUCCCUCCUGCGAUGCACGUCCAGGUCACAAAGGAAGCAGGUGUCCACAUAUCUAGUCCAGCAGAGAGCACUGUCAGGUGCAGAAGCUGUCAAUGCUCUACGGCCAUUUUACUUUGCUGUUCAUCCAGACUUCUUUGGUCAAUAUCCCAGAGAACGGGCGUGGAGCUCCAUCUGGGAACGGGGAGACUAUUUGUCAACAUCACGCUGCCUGACCACCAAGGACAAGCGACGCAUGCACUGGUGUUUAUGCUGGCUGGAGCUACAACGCGAUGGAAACAAGUCGUGGCUUAAUAAUAAUUCAAAAGAGGAAGUGAAUGAAAAUUCUUUGAAGAGAUUGAAUGGCUACUUGGAACACUUGCAGAAGCCUGGCUCAAAUUCAGUUCUGCCAAUGGAGCUAACAUUCUAUGUCAGGGACACAAAGGAGAACAAUCAGAAGCAAUCAGGUUUCCGGUCUGUGACCUUUAUUCUACACACAAACGAUGUGUUGAGUACUGUGAUGAAUGUGCUGACAUCCUGCAGCUUACCUGUGGAGCACAUGAAGGAACCUAAAGAAAUGUCUAAAAGUGUGCAUGAUGCAGGAGUACCUUUUCAUAGACCUAUCAAAUGGGAUAAAAGCUACUACACCUUCACUGGUUUCCGAGACCCUGAGCAGGAGCUGCAGCAAGCCAAGAAAGUGGAACAUACACUCCAUCUUUGGCUGAGAAACUGUGAAUCUGAGGCAACAAAUAAACACAAUGCUAGCCUUCCACGGAGAGAGGAGCUGAGUAGAUUAAAGAAGGAACUGUGUCAAAAGUUUCUCUUGGCAGAUAUCAGGUGGCAGCGCAGCUGGGGAGUAGCUCACAAAUGCAGUCAGCUUCAGAGUCUUAGCCGACUGUCUCACCAGAACCCUGAAGCUCUGAUCAAUCUACAAGGGCAUACUGUUGUGUUUGCUGACCAUUCGGGCAUGAAUGCCUCUGGAGACGUCAUGCUGGGAACCAUGGAUGUUCACCAUCAGUGGACCAAACUAUUUCAGCAGCUGCCCAGCUAUCAGAGCCUUUGGCAGCAGACAGGUUGGUUGAGGGAAAGAAUCAGUGACCUUCUGGGUGGAUCUCAAGUAAUCCACCUGGAGAAGCUGGGACCAAUCCAGCCCAUCGCCGAGCACUACAGCACCCUAAGUACUUUCCACAAAAGCCUGAUGUCCCAACACCUGCGCCUACAUCCCAGGAGCCUGCAUGGUCUCACCAUGGUGCUGGAAAAUGAUCGCUCUACACCUAGUCUCCAUGAGAUGGGGCACUUCAUCAUCCCAACCAGCUGUGACCAUCUCAAACUACAGAUAUUCCUCCAGAAACAUGCCUUCGAGGCCAGAAAACGUACCCUACACAGAAAUCAGUUGCAGGUGGAAGAGGAGGCAGUAGUGAAGUUAUGCCUUCAAAGACUUUCUCUGAUGGGCCUUUCCAAAGAACCCGGUGUAAAUUCAAGCCAGAUGAUCCUCUGUUGCAAAAGGCUAAUGGAGGAGCAUUCUCCACUCAUGCAGGGGCUCCAUGUCUGCGUUUCUCACUUCUAUUCUGUCAUGCAGGAUGGGGACCUAUGUGUCCCAUGGGAUUGGAAGAACUGAGCCAAACGUUCAGAAUUUAACAGUAAUUUAUUAGCAUUUAGUGUGAGCCCAUCAAGUAAGAAGCACUUUAUUUUUACAUUUUUAUAGCAUAAACAUAGAUGGAAAGGGAGCAAAACCAGGGAUGUCAGACUAUAGUUAGUAUAUAUAUCUAAAGCUUUCUAGAUUGUGCAUGUUUGGACUUUAGGAAAUGUCAGUUUUGUGCCUGCUUGGAUACCAGUUUUCUAUUCACAAAAUGCAGUAUAUGUAAAAUUAAAUUGCAAUGUGAAACGCAAGCAUUCUCUGUUCAAAGGUGUAGACAUACAAGAAAACAUUUAUGACGUGGUUGUCCUGUUGUAUGAAUUCAACCCUGUUCAGACGCCAAUAUUUCCAAGUAUAAACCAGCAGGAUUUUUUUUACAUUAUACAUAUUACUUGAUUUGAUGCUUCAAUUUCUAAAAUACAAUGGUGAGGAGAAAAGCUGCUUUAGAUAUUAUUAAAAUAAAUCAGGCAAUUUAUGUGUGCUGAUUUUAAUCUACAUGAAAUACUACUAUAGGUGGAGCAACACCCAUAGUAACAAAAUUAAGAGGUUUGUUUCAAAUGAUAGGAGGAAUAGGUAUUUUGUGGGAAGGUGAAAUGUAUGGUAGUAAUCAAACCGCACCCCUCAGGUUCACAUCUGUGUGAAGUAGAUUUUUCUUUUCGAAUGUGACGUGACACACAAAUCCAGAUAAUGAAAUAGUUUUUUUUUAUGUGUAUAAAUCUUAAUUGUGUACCACAAAUUUAUUUCACUCCUAACUUGUUACAUUUGGUGUUUGUGUUUACAAUGAGCAUUAAAAAGUCAUAAAUUUAAAUCUCAUGUUUAGCCAUCACAAAGAAAUCUACUUUGCAGUCCAAGUGGGGAAAAUUUAUUUUUAAAGAAAGUGUUAAAAAAAGCCUUUUGAAAAGUUAUUUUAAUCUCACUUUAAAAAUCCCAUCUUCACUUGUGGAACGUUUAUUCAGAUAUAAAACAAAAAUAUUUUUAACCAGUGCUAGUAGAAAAAUUAGGGAGAUUUUCAUUGUCACAUUACAGUUUUUUUUUACAAUUGCUAUGACAGAUUUUUCAAUACUUUUAACAAGUUUCUAAAAUUCUUAACACAGCACUACAUCCGCAUGUGUAAGCUAUACUAUUAACACAUUUCUUCUUGCUUUAACACAUAAUACAUACAAUUAACGUAAAUUAAAAAUGCUUAAAUUCCUUUUACACAUCGGCUCAAACAAGACCAAAACAAUAGAAUUUUACAGCCAAAUUUACCAAUGCUUUAACACUGUAUGUCAGAACAGAUAACACCACGUUCUAAACCUAACCUUACAGGCUAAAGUCAAGGUGAACAACUCUUCAUAUUGAAUUGAAACACAAAUAUGUUCCCCGUAUCUUAUUCCAUUGCUAAUGAGAAACAUCUGUUUGAAGUUAUGCAAUUGUUGAAAUCACAGCUGAUUCCCAUCUAGGAAGCACACUCAAGUGUUGAGGUUCUUUCAAUCACAUGAUCAUAUGUUAUAAAAGAGGACUCUUUGGGCUGGUCUUGGCUGGAAAAGGAACAAUUUGGAGCAAGAAAGAAAGAAAGAAAUGCCUGCAUGAGGGCGAGGAAGACGAGUACCAGGACAAGGGAGUGGAGUGGGGCAAGGUAGAGGGGGAGGAUUUAGAAUGCGUGGUGGCGCUCAAAGAAGGACCAGAGCUAAGGUAACUGAUCAAAUAACAGCCACUGUCAUUGACCAUGUCAUAAACUACGGGUUAUCAUAGAGAGGCUGGCGAACGAGUACAGCCAAAUAUCAGCCGGGACACAGUGGCAUCUAUUGUCCGUAUUUUCAGAGAAACCAACAGGUAGGAUAUUGCUUCUCCUACAGCAAAGUGUAAAUACUGUAAAAUUACCAUUUACAGUAUAAAGUGACUUUAUGCCUCCAGUCUCUGAUAUGUAACUGUGUUUUGUCUCUCUAAGGAUUCAACGUCUACCUCCCUCAGGGGGCCGAGGAAAGCUCCUGAAUGAAGAACAAGAACUUUCUAUUCUCCACAUGGUGAUUGCUGACAAUGAAAUAAAACUGAAGGACAUUCAGUCCAGAGUUGUAGAGGACAACCUUGUCUUUGGGAACAUUGCAGCAAUCAGCGUAACAUCCAUUUCUUGGACUCUAGCUAAACACAGAGUCCUAAUAAAACAACUAUACAAAUUUCCUUUCGAAAGGAACAGUGAACGCAUCAAAGAACUCCAUCACUAAUAGGUCCAGAGUCAUGGCGUUGGAGGCCAAUCAAGUCCCCCAUGAAUUUAUCUAUGUUGACGAGGCUGGCUUCAAGCUGGCGAAAAGGCGUCGCCGUGGGAGAAACAUAAUUGGCAAAAGGGCCACAGUUGCUGUGCCGGGCCAGAGAGGAGCCAACAUCACCAUUUGCGCCGCAAUCUCCAACAAUGGUGUACUCCUAAAUAAAUGUGAGAUUGGCCCCUACAACA